AUGGCAGACUAUAUCUCGCCCCCCGUGGGUAUGGCCCCGUUCCAUGACGGGACGGAGCUCGGCCGUGUCCUUAGUAAAGCAAAAUGGAUCACCAUGCUGAACACACUGGAGGCCGGUGGCCACGCGGAACAGCUGUUGAUUCUGAGCGAGCUCUCGACUUACCUGAGCUACGCCACUGAGGAUACGUUGCUUGGGUUUCCUGCGUGGAGCUACCUGAAGGUGCUGAUGCACAUGAUUCAGCACCCUCGGGUGAAGUACGCUUCGAUGAAGAAACGGAAGAAUGCGAAUAGGGCCGAGGAUCUAACCUGCCUUGAUCCCGAUUUGCCCUUCUGCAAGAUGAUCGAGUCGCAGAGGAAUCGUGCUCAGCGGCAGGAGGCGGAGCAGGCCGCGAUGUUGGAGUCCUCAGAUGACGAAGAAGAGUCUGAUACGGGCGCCUUCACCCACCCCGACCUACCUCCGCACAUCAACCUCCUCCCGCACGAGCUGAAGAAUAGACCAACGAUUCGCGAUCGGGAUGUGGAUCUGAUCUCUGAGGACAUGGCCGUCAACAAAUCCAUCACUGCCGCCUCGUGUGUGAACAUCAUUCUGGACAUCCUGCCUCACGCUGCGAGCUUCUUCAUGUCGAACAGCGCCCAGCUGGAUGCCCUGCAACGCCAGCUGGAGGACAUAGAGUACAUCGACUUGGCUGAGCGCAUCCUGCUGAUUUACGAGAAGCUGGUGAAGGAGAUUCCUGUGACCGUGGUGAAAAGCGGAGCCCUCAUCACGAUGAUGCGGUUCAUCGACUUCUUCCCGCUGGACGUGCAAGUCGGCACGCUCACGGCGAUCGUGCUGGCGGUGAAGCGCAUCGAGCGAGGCGACAGCGUGCGCAACUUCUUGAUCCCCCUCGUGCCCUACGCGACGCAGGCCCUACGGAACGGCAACAAGAAGAUCGUGCAACUGGCGUGCUGCAUGUGGAAGAGCAUCAUCAACACGAUGCUUCGGGCUUCGUACAAGAACACGUCGCACUUGUCGGAGGUGAUGGGCAGCAUGGUGCGUUCAGUGGUUUCGUGUGACGCCGUGCGGGACAUGUGUACUGUAGUGUUCAAGAGCUCCGGUAAGUUGAACCGCGAGAACGUGGAAGAGUGCAUCUACUGUCUCGCGGUCGUGACCAACGAGUCCAACGAGUUGAUGUCCCAGAUAGCCACGAUAGACGUGCUGCCGAUUAUGAGCCGCUGGCUCGGCAACAGCUGCGAUAGCGUGGUGCUGCGCUUGGUGGAUCUCGGCCUGGCGAUGCUGGGCAGCUACCACAGCAUAGACCCGCUCGUCAUUGACUGCAACCAGCUCUACCACCGCGCGGACUACUACAGCGACUUUACGACGCACCUGCAGGCGGUUGCCGAGACUUACUCGAUCCGAACCCUGGUCGACAUCUUCGACAAUACGGCGUCGCAGCAGCUGCGCAACCGGCUGCUGCUGAUGAUCCUGCGUCUGUUGGAGAUGGCGUGCGAGGUGCCCAUUUGCGUCGGCCACGUCAUCGACGACCUGCCGCUGUUUAAGGUGCUCGACGCGGUGUGCUACACGCUGAGGUUCCAGAGCCAGGAGGAGCACAGCGAGGUGGCUGUGCACAUCAUUACGUGCCUGAUGCGCCUUAUGGAGCCCAGAAACAUAGCCGACACCCUCGGACGAUACGGCCUGUCGGCGUUGCUGAGGGUGCUUAAAAGGCCAGCGGUGCAGCACGAGGUGAGGUAUAUUAUGGACUCGUUACCGCCUCCCCCGACGCACAUAGUGACCAAGUCAGAGUUCGAAAUGAUAGCAGCGAUCAAGGACAACAGCGUUGCGCUGACGCACCACGAGCUCUUGCAGUACGGUUUGAUGGAAAUGAAUUACGCAAAGUUGGUGUCGCCCAAAGCGCUGCCCGAGCUGCUGGGCUCAGUCAUCAAGGAUGCAGGCCAAUACUUCGCCCCGUCGGUAAAUGAGGCUGGCAUUAAGGCACUUUGGAGAGCCUUUGGCAGCGUUUUGGAAGCGCAGCCAGAGUUCAAGCCGCGUAUCGUCAAAGACUUUGACAGUGACGAUGAGACCACGGAUGGCUCUCCUAUGCAGAUUGGUUGGUAUGAGGAGGCCAUGCAACCCGAGUCGAGUGAAACCUCCAGUUUAACCGCCUCCAGCGAGGCUUUGGCGAUGCUCGAUACCUGCAGUUUGACUGGCGGCUCCGUGAGCUUAAACCGCCAUCCAGCGGGCGAAGGGGCUAACACUGGCGGCUCCACUUCAAGUGGAAGAGCCAAUAACAGCGGUGUGGGCGCCUCAAGUUCUUCGAGUUCCAGGUCAAGGUCUUCAGGUAGACAGCUGUUGAUCUCAACCACUCCGGGUUCGGAGAUGGCCUUGGUGAGCGACCUCCCCGAAUGCCGGGUAAGGCCUGAGGAUAUACGGACCUCUCCCUCACCAAUCGAGAUACGUAGGACUAUGCUUGGUACGCCUGGGACGUAUGAUUCCAUAGAAGUUGUGGAACAUGUCCAAGUCACACCGUUGUACGAUGAUGAUCAGCCGCAGCAGCAGCAUCCGGCCGCGCCAUCGCAACCCGUGGCCAACGAACCGACGCUUGGCGUUGCAGAAGACGGACACAUGGUGCCUGUGCAAGAUGCUCCCUCGGUCGUGGAAAACCCGGCUCCAACAGAUGCUCCUACAGACGCUCCUACAGAUGCCCCUCAGAUCUCAUCUGCCGAAACACCGUCCGCAGCGGCGCCCGAGCAGUCCCGCGAAAGUAGUAUUCAUGCAGAACUUAAUGGGGUGAUUGCGCAGAUGCGUGAAGAUGGAUUGGGUAUGGAGGACGUGCUCGACUCGGUUGAGAUGCUGGCUCAGCAUUACCAGGACAACCCGUUGCUUAACGCCAGAACAAGGGCCAACACCACUACGGCCUCCAGGACACGUUCCCGUCGGUCUGAGAGUAGGCCAAGGAAGAACUCGGACGAUCGCACGAGAAGGAAUGGGGAUCAGCAUAGAAAGAUACUCGAAGAGCAGGCGCAGUUCCGCAACCGGUUGCGACACGCACUCAGCUUCAUCACCUCGUACACCCGAAGCGAUGCGUUGCCGUAUCCGCUCAACUGCGUUACCCGCGAAGUGAAGCUCCAGAUCAGCUGCAUCGACACCGACGAGCUGUUAGUCGGUAUAGCGCCCUUGUCAAUACGCACGCCGUCGCUGGUGUCGGUGUCCAAGAUUGAGACCUACGUGCUGACCUACCUGAACACCCAUAUUAAGGAGCCCCCCAAGGAUCUUGUGCUGAGCCCCAAUAAAAGGGCCAGGCUGUACACGGAUGAUGGCAGGUUUGGGGGAUACUACCUGGGUGUCCAGCUGUACUACAAGGAUCGCCCUCUGGCACCCAGCAUGUGCCUCUACCAGGCGCUUAUCAUGCUGAACGGCGGCGAGAAAGGCGCCAUCUGGGAGGAAAUUAACGAACUGUCUUACACCGCCACGAGGCGAGUAUGUGGUCCCACCUGGAGCCUGCUGCUUUCCGGGCGCCACAGCCCCCUGGUGGCGCAACUCUGCGAAGACCGCCAUAGCCCGUUCGGGCUAUUUUUGGGCUUAUCCAGCUACGUCAACGGCGUGGGAAAGGCGGCCUUGCCUGAGAUGAUCAGGGUGCUCAAGGAGCGCUUGGUCUACGUCGAUGGCAGAGAAGAUGCAGUCGAAAUGCGUGCGAUUCUGAAUGAGGUGAUGAAGAUUCGGCCGCCGGCCGAUGCAUCGUCCAGGUUUUCGUUGGACGCUGAUGCUACCGAAUCAUUUAACGGAAUGACAAUAUCGUCAGUUGACAAGAAGAGCAAACCAGUCAAGCAUGCCGACAUUAACACACCCGAGAUGGACUACUACGUCGAUUGCGUCGCUCAAGCUUUGGAGCGCAUGGACGAGAUCCUUAGCGGGAGGACGAGCGAUGACGUGCUGAUUGCCACGAGGUUGACGGCUGGAGAGGAAUCCGAGCUUAGUGAGGACUCCCGCAACCAACUGCAGAUGAUGGUGGUGAUCUACACGUUAAUGACGGAAUUGAGCCUGUUCCUUGACGAGGACCCGAUACGUGUGCCAUUCUCCAAGAGGAUGACUUUCGGGAUGCUGAACCUGCUGAGCAACGUUGGGGAGGCGUUGUGCUACCACACCCCGUCCUGGUUCGUCCAACUGAUGCUCAUCUGCCCGUACAUGUUCUCGUUUGAAACACGCCGCAUGAUAUUCGACGUGUUGGCUACUGGCCCCCACAGGUUGAUGUCACAGUUCCAGACCCGCUUGUGCGCGCUUUUCGACACGGGCACUGUGUUCUCCAAGUAUAGCGAGGCGCACACCGCGGACAGUCUCGAUGAGAUCCUCCGUCAGCGGUUGUUCACGCAUAAAACCGUUAAACCAUCGGCGCUCGUUGACAUCGAAACCACAUUGCGGCUGCCAAAGCUGAAGGCCUCGUGCUCCAGGCUCCAUGUCGUGCGGGAUGCCAUGAUAAUCAUGGAUCAGGUGGCGCGCUCGGUGGCUGACCUCGACGCAGUGCCGCGCCUUGAGAUCGAGUUCGACGGUGAGACCGGUACGGGCUCGGGUCCAGCUCAGGAAUUCUACACCAUGGUCAUCGAAUCCAUUUUGGGGGCCGAGUCCAACGGCUGUUCGCCCGUGGAGGUGAUCAACGGAUACGUCUACCCCAAAGUUUACCAUCCCCCCAGCGAUUGGGUCGACGACUUUGACCUAUCAGUGUUCAAGCGGGCCAGUAAGUGCACGAUGAAUGGCCGUGCGGCGGACGGCUACGGUCCGAUCAUAGAAGAGAUGAUGGAUGACAACGUAACCACCAGGGUCUUCCGGUUGUUCAAGCUGCUUGGCCAGAUGUGUGCCUCCGCCAUGCUGGACAACAAACUUUUGGAGUUUAACUUGCACCCCUUGUUCUGGAAGCUCUGCCAGAACCCCUACUCUCCCAAGAACUGCUCUAUGUACGCGUUGAGCGCCGUUGACCCGAUGUUGGCUUGUUCGUUGACCAACCUGCUCACGUACGAAAAUGUGGCUGACGCUGGGUUGUAUUUCAUGUACCAAGGUAUUCCCCUGGUUGAAGGCGGUGAAAAUGUGCUUGUUACCACCGAGAAUGUGAUAGAUUACGUCCGUGGUGUCAUUCGGGUGCGCCUGUACGACGGCAUCCGGCUGGCCGUGUGGUCGUUCCGCAUGGGUUUCGCCAUGAUGGUACCGGUGGACUCGCUGGCGCUGUUCACCCCUCUCGAGCUCGCCGAUGAAAUCUUCAGCACCGGCGAUAAUGACGCCUUCUGGACGCGUGAUCAUCUGCUGACGAACAUUGUACCCGACCACGGGUACGAGUCUACGUCAGCGCCAUACCAGACGCUGAUCAACGUGCUCACGGAACUCUCGGAGGACGAGCGCCGCAAGUUCCUGCGCUUCUGCACGGGAGCGCCCACGCUACCCAAGGAAGGAUUCGCGGGACUACGGCCCCUCAUGCGAGUGGUGAAGAAAUGCGACAGCUCCAACGAUCUUCCUAGCGUCAUGACAUGCUCCAACUAUCUCAAGCUUCCCGAGUACGAAGACCUCGACCUCGUGAAAACGAAGCUGCUCCAGGCCAUUGCGGAGGGGCAGGGUUCAUUCUACCUCUCCUGA